AUGGCCGCGCUGCCCCCCUGGGGCCUCUACGUGCGCGACGGCUACGCGUGGCCGCGCGGCGCCGCCGCCGCCCAUCUGUGCCGCGCCUCUGGCCUCUCGCUGCUGCUCGGCCUCUUCGCGAGCGCCCUCACGCUCAGCUGGAUCAGCGUGGAGCGCUGCGCCGUCGUGCUGGCGCCCGCCUCGGCGGCGCUGCUGCGCUCGCCGCGCGUCUCCGCCGCGGCGCUCUGCGCCUCGUGGCUGCCGUCGGCCGCCCUCGCCGCGCUCCUCACGGCCGACGUCUCCGCCUACGCCCGCGCCAACGGCACCGGCGGCGCCACCGUGUGCGGCUACGCCGCCGAAGACCGCUUCGCCAUGUGGAGCCUGGGCAAUCGGCCGGGUCGCGGGCUGCUGCUCAACCUCGUGGGCUUCGCGCUGCCCUUCGCGGUGCUCGGCGCCAGCUACGGCGCCGUGUGCCGGCGGCUGUGCGCCCUCUCGCGCUUCGGCGGCAGCCGCAUCCCCAAGGACAGCGUCCUGCGCCUCCUCUUCGCGCUCACCGUCGUCUUCUGCGUCACCUGGUGCCCCUACACGGCGGUGAACCUCUACUCGAGCGGCGGCGGCGGCUUCGGCGGGGUCCGGAGCGGCGACGAGAGGACGGCCAACACCGUGGGCGAGCUGUGCAUGGCCGUGGGCCUCCUCAACAGCGCCCUCAACCCGCUCCUCUACUGCCUGUGGACGCGCCGCAACUGGCAGCAACUGCUGCCGCGCGUCCCCGCGCUGUGCGCAACGCGGCGGCCCGCCAGGGUGGGCGCCUCCGUGUGA